CGACUGUUUGUACCAUCCUUGUCUGGCCACCUGGACACCAAGUCAGCCAGCUCCGACAUGAGCGUGCACGAUUUCACAGAUGACUACUACAAUCUUGGGUCAUUCCGUCGACCCGUGAGUACCACCAGCGAAGAAGCUCAGACCUGGUUCGACCACGGCCUCGUCUGGAGCUAUGGCUUCAAUCACGAAGAGUCAGCAGACUGUUUCAAGAAGGCCAUAUCAAUCGACCCCGACUGCGCCAUGGCAUACUGGGGCCUCGCAUAUGCCCUAGGUCCAAAUUACAACAAACCAUGGGAAUUCUUUGACGCCGAAGAACUAGAAUCGAUCGUCUCGAAGACUCAUUCGGCUGUCGAACAGGCUCGAUGCAAAGCUGAAUCUGCGACUCCAGUGGAACAAGCAUUGAUUUCUGCCCUCGAAUACAGAUAUCCUCAAAGCACUCCCACAAGCGACUGUUCAAUAUGGAACGUACCCUACGCUGAUGCCAUGGGCUCAGUGUACACCCGCUUCCCAGAGGAUCUGGACGUGGCAACUCUCUACGCCGACGCACUAAUGAACCUCACGCCUUGGGCAUUGUGGGACCUAUCCACAGGACAACCCGCGCCAGGCGCGAGGACCCUCGAAGUCAAAUCCAUCCUUGACAAAGCCCUCGCGCAACCAGGCGGUCUUGCCCAUCCCGGCCUUCUCCAUCUGUACAUCCAUCUGAUGGAAAUGUCCUCCACUCCCGAGAUCGCCAUGCCCAUCGCAGACCAUCUGCGCGGUUUGGUCCCGGAUGCAGGACACCUCAACCACAUGCCCACCCACCUGGACAUCUUGUGCGGUGACUACCGCCGCGCCAUAGCUUCCAACAUGGACGCCAUCCGCGCGGACGAACGAUUUCUCGCGAAAGCAGGACCCUUGAAGUUCUAUACACUCUAUCGAUCGCACGACUAUCAUUUCCGUUUGUAUGCAGCGAUGUUCGCGGGCCAGUCUGAAGUCGCGCUCGAAACGGCGGGAUGGAUAGAGUCGAGUAUACCUCAGGACCUGCUGCGCGUCAAGUCCCCGCCGAUGGCAGACUGGCUUGAAGCGUUUCUCGGCAUGCGUGUGCACGUGUACAUCCGCUUUGGCCUGUGGAAGGAGAUUCUGGCUCUGGAAUUACCUGAGGAUCAGGAAUUAUACUGUGUGACAACAGCGCUGAUACACUAUGCCAAAGGCGUGGCACUCGCUGCCACAGGGAAAGUUGACGGAGCAGACACUCAGCGUGGCGUGUUCCGCGAGGCUGUCGCUCGAGUUGCGAAUACCAGGACACUGUUCAACAACUCAUGUCUUGAUAUUCUGGCCAUCGCAGCCGCAAUGCUCGAUGGAGAGCUUGAGUAUCGUCGCCGGAACUUUGACGCUGCAUUCGAGAACUUGAGACAGGCGAUCACCCUCGAAGAUGCACUACCCUACGACGAGCCGUGGGGCUGGAUGCAGCCUUCACGACAUGCUUAUGGCGCACUGUUGCUCGAGCAGGGGCGAUUGGACGAGGCCGCAGCAGUGUACAGUGCUGAUCUAGGUAUGGACGAUACACUGCCGAGGGCCCUGCGGCAUCCGAAUAACGUUUGGUCACUGCAUGGGUAUCACGAGUGUCUUGUCAAACUUGGUCGGACGGCGGAAGCGCGCAUCGUUAAACCUCAGUUGGAUUUUGCGGUGGCCAUGGCGGAUGUGCCGAUCAAGUCCUCGUGCUUUUGCCGGCUGGACAAGGUUUGAAUCGACGGAGUAUACAAAAGCCCUCGCCUACGUUCGCGGUGAUGAGACGGCUGUCAUUCAUCGAUCUAAAGUGCACUCAUCUCGAAAAGGGCAUUUAUUCGACACUCUAGCCAGUAUGGGAUUC